AUGCCAGCGUGGGUGCUAGAUCGGUUGUCAAAGAUUGGCGACCAGCAUAAGCCGAAUGGCAGCACGACAAGCAAUCCGUUCGAAGAACAACCUCUCCGGAUAACAGAAUAUACCGCGCAAGAAAUCGCCACGUUACAGAGUCGACUGCACAGGCAGCUUGGGCCAGAAUAUAUCUCCUCAAGAGCAGGACCAGGUGGCUCAAAAGUACAUUAUCUUGCGGCUGAGAAGGCCAUCAGCCUUGCCAACGAAGUCUUUGGCUUCAAUGGCUGGAGUAGCUCAAUCCAGAACAUUCAAAUCGACUUUGUCGACGAGAACCCGCAGACCGGGAAGAUCUCCCUCGGAUUGUCAGUGAUUGUGCGAGUUACGCUUAAAGAUGGCACACACCACGAAGACAUUGGCUACGGCCAGAUUGACAACUGCAAGGGCAAAGCUGCGGCAUUCGAAAAAGCGAAGAAGGAGGGCACUACAGAUGGACUGAAAAGAGCACUCAGGAACUUUGGCAACGUCUUGGGAAAUUGCGUUUACGAUAAGGCCUACUUGCAGAAAGUCACCAAACUGAAGGUUGGGGCUACCAAAUGGGACGAAAGCAUGCUGCAUCGACAUGCAGACUUUGCGCCUAAGAAAGAGCCGGACGAAGUCAAGCGAAUCUUACCUGCUGCCGCAGUAGAAGGUGGCUCAGAGCCGGCGAGGACGAAGCCAUCUAUCCCCGCACAAGAAGAAACCCCGGAAUUCGAGGACAGCUUCGAGUUGGCAGAUUUUGAGGAGAUGGACUUCAGUGAAGGCAACAUGGGUCAUCCAGAUGAGGUCGCUUUGCCAGCAGAACCGGCGGACCCAACACGCAAGUCAGCUAAUUCCGCUCCAGAGCGAUCGUUCCCGCCACCAAGAGCUGAUCUGACCACACCAUCAAAGCCACAGUUAACUCGCCCGCCAGGCCUUCGACCCGAGGCCUCAAGGACAGCCCAGAUCUCCGCUCCAACCAAUGUGAUACCACAGCCGCUGCCAGGCCAGCGAGCACAAGCUCCGUCUGGUCCGGCCACAAGGCCUCCGGCGGCAGAAUUUCGACCUCCAUCAGAGAAUGUGCCUCGGCUGUCUUCGCCUCCACAGACAGGUCAAGUCCUGGGCUUCUAUUCAGCCAAGGCCGCUGACAGUCUGGAUGGCAACAACAACGUGAUUGGAGGCGGACCGGCCGCUGCGCCCAGGUUCAAUCCUCACGCUGACAGCCCGUCGAUUCGCAAAACAUCUGGAGUCAACCACAGCAAGUCCGUUCCCCUAAAGCGUGAUUUAUCGGUAGACACCACGCCCAUAAGAAGGGAGCUUGUGACUCCUCAAGCAGAGCCACUCAGACGAGUAGGCGCUCCGGGAGCCAAUGGACAAUUUCCAGGUAUCCGGGCGCCAGGCACUUCGGCCUAUCGACCUCCUACGAGGCGAGGGCCGCAGGAAUCGAAUGCAACCCAUGGUCCGAAUCUGAGCGAUUUUGGCGGAGGAGAUCGUGGGCUGCAGGCUGUGAAGAGAACGCCGCUAGGAGAUGUCAGCAAUGUGCAGCAUCAUGUCACCGCAGUCACCACAGAUGGGGCUGAUGCAAAGAGACAGCGCGUGGCAGAAGCGGUGCCACAUGGCGAGGCUGGGACAACGAAUAAUCAACCGAGCAGCAAUGACGGAUGA